AUGUCCGGCAUCGCUCGCGGCCGCCUCCAGGAGGAGCGAAAGCUCUGGCGGAGAGACCACCCGCACGGAUUUGUGGCAAAGCCUCGCACGAAUCCCGACGGGACGCAGGACAUCCUGCACUGGGACUGCGUCGUGCCCGGCAAGAAGGACACCAUCUGGGGCGCGGGCCGCUACCCUGUGCACAUGGUCUUCACCGACGAGUACCCGAGCAAGCCGCCCGAGUGCAAGUUUGGCAAGGCGCCCAACGACAAGCCGCUCUUCCACCCCAACGUCUACCCCUCCGGCAAGAUCUGCCUCUCGCUGCUCGACGCCGACAAGGCCUCGCCGCCGCCGCCGCCCCUCCUCUCCCUGCCGCCUCUCCCCUCCCAGCCGCCUCGCUCUUCCCCCUCACGCCUCUCUCCUCUUUUGCCGCCCACUGCUUCACAGCCCCUCCCCUCGCCGACCAGGGAUGGAAGCCGGCGCUCACCAUCAAACAGUUGCUGCUCGGCAGCCAGAGCCGCGCACGGCCCAGCGGCCGCAGGAGCCUUCGCCUCAGCCUUCUCCCGACCCUGCCUCGUAGGCAUCCAGACGCUGCUCGACGACCCGAACGUGGGCGACCCGGCGCAGGAGGAGCCGUACCGCGUGUACAACAACAACCGCGCCGAGUACGAGAGGAGGGUCAAGGAGCAGGCCCGCCUCUUUGCAAACAUGUAG